AUGAAGUUGGCCUCCUCCGCGGCAGCCCUCGUGCUCGCCAGCGCCUCUUCCGUCGCCGGCAUCCGUCACCAUGGCCACUUGAAGCCGCCACCGCUGCCUCUCGACAACCUCACUACCAGAGACACCAACACGGACCAUGUGAUGCCCGCCCGCAAGAUCCGCGGCACCAACAACUUCUGGCAGUCUUCGUCCUCGGCCUCGCCGCCUGCCCUGAAGAACUCCCCGGUCUCCUUUGCCGCGAACGCCAACAUUGGUGUGAGCUUCUUCCAACAGCAGGUGGACCACAACGACCCAGCCCUGGGCACCUUUGGCCAGCGCUUCUGGUACAGCACCGAGUUCUGGACCGGCCCCGGCGCCCCCGUCGUUCUCUUCACGCCUGGCGAGUCGGCUGCCGAGGAUUAUACGGGAUAUCUGACGAACCGCACUCUCACGGGCCAGUUUGCCCAGGCCAUUGGCGGCGCUGUCGUCAUGUUCGAGCAUCGGUAUUGGGGCGAGAGCUCGCCGUUCGACAACCUGACCACCAGGAACCUGCAGUACCUCACCCUGGCCAACAGCAUUGCCGACGCGACCAACUUUGCGCGCAACGUGAAGCUUCCCUUUGACAAUUCCACCCGCAGCAACGCCCUCCACGCUCCUUGGGUCCUGUCCGGCGGCAGCUACUCGGGCGCCCUGACCGCCUGGGUCGAGCACGUCGAUCCCGGCACCUUUUGGGCCUACCACGCGAGCAGUGCCGUUGUCGAGUCUAUCGGCAACUUCUGGCAGUACUUUGAGCCGGUCCGCGAGGGCCUGCCCAAGAACUGCAGCGCCGAUGUCGAGCUCGUCAUUGAUCACAUUGACUCGGUGCUGACCGGCGGGUCAGCCGCCGACGUGAAGGCGCUCAAGGACAAAUUCGGUCUGGGCGGCGUUGCGCACAAUGAUGACUUUGCCAGUGUCCUUACUGGCGGCCCAGGGGCGUGGCAAAACCAUGACUUUGACUCGGGCUACUCGACUGUUUACCAAUUCUGCGACUACGUUGAGAAUGCGGUUCCCGGCGUGUUCAACUCAUCACGCAAGCCCGACGCCUUUCCCAGCGCAUCUGGCGUGGGUCUGAAGAAGGCGCUCAAUGGCUAUGCCAAGUUUGUCAAAGACCAGCUGCUUCCCGGCUACUGCGAGAGCUUUGGUCCUGCAUUCCAGGGCAAGCUGAACUUGGACUGUAUGGACAGCCACAACGCCUCGAACCCAAUCUACCUGGACACGAGCGUCGACAAUGCGAUUGACCGCCAGUGGACGUGGCUGCUUUGCAACGAGCCGUUUAUGUACUGGCAGACCGGCGCCCCCAAGGGCACACCGACGCUGGUCUCUCGCCUUGUCGAUUUUGAUUACAUGCAGGCCCAAUGUGCCCUCUACUUCCCCGAUGACGACGGCUACACCUUUGGCUCCAGCUCGCGUAUUGGCAAAACCCCCGACGAUGUCAACGAGUACGACGGGGGCUGGUCGGUCACCAACACAACCCGCCUCAUCUGGGCCAACGGCGAGUUCGACCCUUGGCGGGACGCCACAGUGUCGUCGGACUUCCGCCCUGGUGGACCUCUGGUGUCGACACCCGAAGCGCCCGUGAAUGUCAUCCCCGGUGGCAUCCACUGCAGCGAUCUGAUCUAUGCCAAUGCGUUGGUCAACGAGGGCGUCAUGGCCGUUGUGAAGGACGAGAUUGCCACGAUCAAGGGCUGGGUCGACGAGUUUUACAAGAGCAACCGCAAGCGUGGCAGCCAGUAA